CCUCGGUCGCCCGCCUGUUGGGGACUGAUGUCCGGGCAGCACCGCGCUGCUCUGAGGAGCCCCGACCGCCAUGGACGCUCAGCCUCUGACCCAGCGGUUCUCAACCUGUGGGUCGCGACCCCUUUGGGGGCCGAACGACCUUUUCACAGGGGUCGCCUAAGACCACCGGAAAACAUACAUAAUUACAUUGUUUUUGUGAUUAAUCACUAUGCUUUAAUUAUGUUCAAUUUGUAACCAUGAAAAUACAUCCUGCAUAUCAGAUAUUUACAUUACGAUUCAUAACUGUAGCAACAUUACAGUUACGAAGUAGCAACGAAAAUAAUGUUAUGGUUGGGGGUCACCACAACAUGAGGAACUGUAUGAAAGGGUCGCGGCAUCAGGAAGGUUGGGAACCACAGAGGCUAAGCGCUGGUGGCCUGGCUGCUGCGGUGUCCUCCCGGUCCAGGCAUGAAAACGGGCGCAGUCCUGUUAGCGGUUCCCAGAGCUGCGGGCGCUGCCCUCAGGCUCCCCGGCCACCCGCUGCAGCGAUGCCCACCUGAGGCCGAGAGCUGGCCGCACGCACACCUGUUGUGCUGUGCCGCCCGGGCCCUGCCCCUGCCCCUGCCCCGCGGGGCGGCCGCCUGGAGCUGCCAUGAGAGCUGAAUACACGGCCCCUGUCUGGCCUGCAGGCACCUGGAGUAUCAUUUCCUCACCUACAGUGUCGGAGGUGCAUUAGAAAAUUCUGAGCUCUGUAGCUCUAAGAAGAGAAAUAUUAAUUCAGAAGAAGCAAGUGGACUCUGUUAAGAAUACAUUUGGCUCUCACAAUGCGGUUAGGAAAAGUGAAGGGAGGUAUUUCUCGGAGCGCAAGCCAAGGAAAGACCUCUGAGAACCAGCGCAAGAGAGGCUGGCAGCGGCAGAAACGGGGAAUGACUAUUCGGUUUGACUCAAGCUUGAGUAGACGGAGGAGAAACUUGGAUGAGAAGCCCUAUAAAUGUACAGAGUGUGAAAAAAGUUUCAGUCAGAGCUCGACCCUUUUUCAACACCAGAAGAUCCAUACUGGAAAGAAAUCCCAUAAAUGUGCUGAUUGUGGGAAAAGUUUCUUCCAGAGUUCUAAUCUCAUACAGCAUCGACGGAUCCAUACUGGGGAAAAGCCCUAUAGAUGUGAUGAGUGUGGAGAAAGGUUUAAACAGAGCUCAAAUCUCAUUCAGCACCAGAGAAUUCACACCGGAGAAAAACCCUAUCAGUGCGAUCAGUGCGGCCGAUGUUUCAGCCAGAGCUCCCACCUUAUUCAGCAUCAGAGAACCCACACGGGGGAGAAGCCCUACCAGUGCAGUGAAUGUGGCAAAUGCUUCAGCCAGAGCUCUCACCUCAGGCAGCACACGAAGGUGCACAAAGAGAAGCCGCGCAAAACUCCAGGCAAAAACAUUAGGGCAAAAACUCACGUAGUAUCUUGGAAAACUGGCACAAAAAGGAAGUCGGUGGCUCGCCUCCGCUAAGUAAGGGCACUAUUGCAGCCCUGUCUGAAAAACAAAAGGAAAAGGAAAAGCUGCCUCAGAACUGGAGAUACUUUGUAAUAGAGCCCUUAAAGACUGUGUGUCCGUCCCUAGCAUGGAGACACUGAAACACGGGGUUUAAUGACAUGGGCGGGUGGAAAGAAAUUACCUGGGUCCCACUGUUCUCAUUUCUGUAACCUGCAGUACAGAGAACUAAAAACAUUUUUUUCGAGAAUAUAAAAUUCUUGACCUUAUUUGAAAGUGUUCCCUGCGUAAUUUUGACAAGAACAAUCAUGUUUUAAUGACAUGUAUAAAAAUGUAGGAAUUUCAUUAACUUUGGUUUUAAGACUUUCUGUUGAAGGAAUAAUUAAAAAGGAAAAGAAGUGAAUUCCAUUGGUUUUGGACUUCUGUAACAUGAAGUUUUAUGUUUGUAAAGUUUUGUAGUAUAUUAAUCAUCGGUUUGUAAGUAUGACUCACUAUAUUAAAAUGUAUUGAUUUUUCACCGAUUCUUAAGGCCCAUCACUUUCUAUUAACUUUCUUUUAUUUCUUUCCUUCUUAUGAACAGCUGUUAAAUCAGUAGAAUUUUCCUGUUUUUCACCAAAUUCUUAUUAAAAGAUACUCUAAAAGUCAAAAUGAAAACUGAAUUAAGCCACAAGUUUUUUGUGAUGGUGUUACACUAUGUCAGUUGUUUUCCAGAAGUUUUGAUGUUCUCUUGUGCUCUGACAAACUGAGAUAGCAUUUUAGACCUACAUGAAUAAAUAAACCAUAUUUAACCAAAACAAUCUCAACUUGCUAAUAAAAAUCUACAGUGUACACACCUUCCUGCCUUUCCUUUGGAAAACUUUAAAUAAUAGCAAAUUACCUAAAGCAAAAGUUACUUAAUCCAAAUGUAGUUCAGUGUGUAGAUUUUGAAAUCUAAGUUAAACUUUUCUGAGUGAAAUUAAUUAUUUACAGUCUAGCAAACAUCUCAACUACCAUCAGAACAGUGCUGUGUCCAACAUUCUGUUCAGCCUUCAGCUCAGGUUUUAAUUCUAUUAAAUGUUAACAUUCUGAUUUUUUUGGUAUCUUUUAUAAUCAUGUCAGUUUCUAGUGUUAUUAAUGACAAUUAUUCAUAAAAAAGGAAUAUUUUGCAUAGUACCACCUUUUGUUUAUUUUUCUCCCAGGAAAUUAUUUUAAGGAUUGAAGCAACAUCUAAAAGCACAGCUUUGGAAGAAUCACUUGUUUUGCCUGUUUUUUAUUUCCUCAAACUUGAACUUUGUCUUCCUCCUGGCCUUGUACUUAGUGUAGGGUCUUAGAAGAUGGCCUUGCUGGCAAUAGUUUCAUCCACGGGAUAUCCCAGAGUGUUGUGUGACUAUGCGGUGAUUGCAGUCAUCUUUCACAAAAGACUUGAUCUUCGCUUAGCAGGUGUCCUGUUAAUCGGCCAAGUCACUUGGAAGCAGGGCCAUGUUGAGGACCUACCAUUAGCGUGUAGCAGUUCUGUGUCUGGAGUAACUUCUGGCUGGACCAACACCACUUUCUUAAAUGUAAUGAGAUUUGCAGUUUUGACAGCAACCACGGGGUCCUGCAACAGAAAGACCUUUGUAAAUUGUUAGAUUUCAUAGUUUACAUUUUUAUCCUGAAUAAACUCUGUUCUCUGUAAAAAUAAAGCAGAUACUCCAGAGUGUGA